CAAAGCACCACCUCGCAAAACGGUUUAAUCCCACCACCACUGUCGGUUUAUCCAGUUCAUCCUCAUUUUGUCGCCGGCACCAUGCUGCCCAGUGUGCGCCGGCACAGCCUCCGCCUGCAGACCGAGCUCCACAGGUGGAGCAUCUGCGACCCCGGCAGCCACCUGCUCACAGACAGCCUCCUGUCCCGGGUCCCCGCCUGCAUCUCCCGCUCCAAGUCCUGCACCAGCUCCGCCGGGGAGUUGGACGGGAGCCACGGGAGCUGGUCGUCCUCAGACUCGGUCAUCUCCACCGACUCUGCCGGGGAGCCGGCGGAACCCGGGAGCCCGUACCGGGUGGUGCUGUUAGGGGCCAGCGGGGUCGGCAAAACGGCCUUCGCCAGCAUCUUCGCCGGGGCAGCGGACAGCAUGGACAACGAUGGCUGCGAGCUGUGUGGAGAUGAAAUGUGUGAAAAGGAAAUUGAAGUUGAUGGAGAGCCUGCAACUAUAACUCUGUUUGACACAUGGGAUGCAGAGACUGACAAUGAAUGUGCUCAGGAGCACUGCAUGCAGACAGGUGACGCAUACCUGUUGUUGUACUCAGUAACUGACCGGGCCUCCUUCCUGCGAGCCUCAGAGCUCCGGAUAACCCUGCGGCGCUUCCGUCCUGCCCAGCACACACCUAUCAUCCUGGUGGGGAACAAAUGUGACCUGGUGCGACGCAGAGAGGUGUCAGUCAGCGAGGGUCGUGCCUGUGCUGCUGUGUUCGACUGCAAGUUUAUCGAAACCUCAGCCGCCAUGCAGCACAACAUCUGGGAGGCUUUUCGCGGCAUGGUGCGACAGCUACGACUACGCCGAGACUCCAAGGAAGCCAACAAGCGACGCAGGCACAUAAACACACGCCGCGAGAGCCUAACUAUGAAGGCCAAGCGUUUCCUCGACAAGAUGGUGGCAAAGAACAAUCCCAGUGUGGCAUUCUGGCUAAAAUCUAAGUCCUGCCAUGAUCUCUCUGUGCUGUAGAAGCCUGUUUUAAACUCUAGACCGAACCUUUUGAGCAGGUGAACAAGUUACAGGCUGGAGAACAGAAUAUGUGGCCAUGGGCUGAAGGGAAGUCAGCUUCUGAAGGGCUCAAAGUUGGAUGGUUCAAACCUUAGUGUGUUCACACUGAGCCAGCAUGGUGUACAUGAGAGUUGUUUGCAACAUUUCUGCACCACCAUCCAUAUGUUGCAGUCUAAACCAGACUGAGUGGACUGAGCUCAGCCUCUGUAUGGACUGGACAAUCAGCACAUGAAGUGACGCAAAGACUCGUCGUGUCUGUGUGGCAUAAACUUUUGAGAUUAGAGAUCAACUGAUAGAAACUGAGAGAAGGAUGUGAUGUUUCUCUGUUUUGAACAAAUACAUUGAUAUUUUUCUUUCCUGUCUUCUUUUUCCUCUUCCUUUUGCUCUCAUCUCUGCCCACAUUUGUCAUCUGUCGAUCCCCUAAGUGCUAAGAUAACCAGUUGUAAGCUAUUGAUGAUCAAGUAUGAUGAUUUGCAUGAUGAUUAUUUAGUUGUUACUUUGAGUUUAUUUAUAAUGUGUUUUUUUCACUCACUGUAAAUAUAUAACAGAUAGAUGCUGUACUGUA